GGAGAUGUACAGGACAUGCUUGCUCCACGAUCCGCUCCAUAAUCUGCAAUCGCAGCUGUUGUGGCGCACACAGAGUGAGCGGAGAGGUGCGCUCUUUCUGCAGUGACCAUGCCGAGUCUGGCACGGGCUUUUCACCUCUGAUCGGUGACCACCGAGUUCCAUUCUCUGCUACAUAAACGGAAUGUUUUGGCUCUUCCUCUCAGCAAAGCCCGCAGAAGAGUGAAGCCGCCGCUCAUUUACCAUGAGCUGUUUGGAUGUUAUGUACCCAGCCUAUGGACAUUACGCACCGUACGCACAGACUGCUCCUGCUUUUAUCAAUAGUUUACAGGCACCCGCCAGCUUGAGCAGCGCUCCGACUCACUGCCGGGAUUUUAUGGACACUCCCAGGGGUCCCGAAGGGAUGUCUGGGGGCCCGGGUACCGGAGGAUCAACUUCUUCCUCUUCCUCCUCUUCGUCCUCCUCAUCCUCCUACACGCCCGCGGCUUCGCGGCCAGAGGAGGGCCCCAAGGAGAAGCAGGAGGCCCCCGAAGCAGAGUACCUGAAUUCGCGCUGCGUCCUCUUCACCUACUAUCAAGGAGACAUCAGCAGCGUGGUGGACGAACACUUCUCCAGGGCGCUCAGCUCUUACAUGGAUGGAGAGGGCAAACGGCGUGCGCCAGACCAUCCGGGCACAGAUACCCCUUCGCCUGGCAGUCGACGAAGCUUCCCUCCGUCUUUCUGGGACAGUAACUACACCUCUCCCCAAAACCGCUCCCACUGUGACACGGGAGCACCCUCUUAUUCCAUGGACCCAUACUCCUCUGGGCUUCACCCGGGUCUGCCGCACCCACACGCUCAUCCUCACCCACAUGCCCAUCCACACUCCCACUCUCACCCACCAGAGACCUGGGGCUACACCCAAGCUCAAGCCUACGGCCCCCCGAGGCCUCUCCAUGAACUGUAUUCACCCACGGCCCUAGAGCCUCACUAUGGGCCCUUGCUCAUGCCCACGGUGCGGCCACCUCACCUGCCAACAUUGCCAAGCCACUAUGAAGUGAGCAAGCUGGAGCCGUCUCCCUCUUGGCCCAGUCUGCUCCCACCAGGAGACGUCAGCCAGUCCCUGGCCCUCAACAUGGAUUCAGGCCUCCAGCAACACAAGAAAGGCAAGGAGCUGUACUGGUUCUAACGAGCCCUUCAGUCACAUUGACCAGCCAUUACCAGAUCCAAUUAGUCCCUGGACCCGCUCUGCUAUUGAAGCAGCGUGUCCCAUUAUCCAACCCGCACCCACCCCCUCAGUGCACUCCAUCCUCGUCUAUCCAACUGGUCCCUGUGCUCCUGGCCUCCCCUGCCAGAACGCAGCCCCGCUCCAGGUUGACGCAUGUGCACCAUGGAGAUAACACAUGGAGGACAACGCGCUCUGCAGUCUCAUUUGUGCCGUAGUGCUCUCCGGGUCUCUGUGUUACUGCCGGUGCACCAUAGACUUUGGCAAAGCAUAAGCUGCGGUGACCUGUUUGGACUUGGAAAGACAGGAUCACAACAGACUUUUGAAGAGGACGAGAGGCACGGUCACAGGGACGGAGCGGUGAAGAGUGACAAGAAGAGAUUUCCUCCAACAUCCCUGAUUAUCUGUGUCGCAUACUUUUUUUCUUUUUGUACUGUGGUUAUGAUUAUCCAAUUAUCUGCAUUUCACAAAUGCAAUAUGCAGCGAUAAGAGAAAUAAUCACAGCAGUUAUCAUUCAGUUAUAUUAUUUUUGCGCUCUGAAAUAAAGCGUUUCUAUUUAUUGGUGUUUAUGGUUGUUUCUUGCUUAUAGGCCAGUGCUCUGAAUUUACUGUGGUUCAGUUUGUUUUCCA